AUGACUUGUAUAAAAUCUGACAACAGGCUAAGUUUGGAGUAGGACCCAGUGUCUUGACAGCCAUGGGAAUAGCUGAGGUCUGUUUCUUUGGGAAGGAUGACUCAGAGUAGGGUUGCCUGAAGCAAAACUGAGAGAAGUCCCUGAAAUGGACAGUCAACAUUAUAAAUAGUGGAAGGAUUAAAUUCAAGCUGCUUCUUGUUGGUGGUGUUGUUUCUAGUGUUGCAAGUUCCCUCCCUGACCAUAACUAGCCAGGGAAGGAAGGAAAUGAAAGCAAACUGAAGGAUCUGGUCUACCAGUCUGAAUGGAAGUACUUGCUGGGCCAGUGGAGGUGAGUGCUCAGUAGAGAGUGGGAGUGUCCAGACAGUGACAGGUGCUAUCAGACUCUCUGUCCAGGCUGAACUGGGAGUGCACAGCCAGAAACAUUAGGUAGGAGUUGUAUCAGCAAACUGCAUCUGUUUGGAAGGCUGCAGCAGACUCUGAGAACUUUACAUGAGCACUAAUGCAUCUAGUCCCUUUCCCCUGUACCUCUCUCACACUCAUGCUACCUGCUCUUUCAUUUGCUUUUUAACUCUUGAACUCUGGCCUUGCUUUUCCACAGAUACCUGUGUGCUCUCUGAUAUACGAGUGUUUAGGUCUGCAGUCGGAUCCUUCCCCCACUCUAUGGGCUUUUGCCGCUCUGUUCACAGACUGGCCUUUCACCCCACUGUACCACUCAGCCCUGCAUUUGUCCUCCCCACCGCUCUAUGCACCUGGUAGUUUGCCAUGUCCCGUGCACUCUUGAAGUUAUGAGCCUUCUCUGGACUGCAGUACCUACCCUGGUUAAAUACAGUAGAGGAAACUAGUAAAGGAGAGAACUAAAAAAGUUCAGUUAAAGCACACUUGAAACUAGGUUUAGAAAUAAUGUUCCAGCACAGCUGGUUUCUGGCAGUUUUGCCUGCAAGAGCCAUGAGUAGAAAUUGUAGUCAAAAACAGUUUUUUGUUUUGUUCGGGUUUUGUUUUUUUUUAAAUACUACUUCAGGGUCUUUUUUUAAAGUUCAGUUUGUCAGACUUAUUUCUCUAAAUUUAAACUUUUAAACAGUCCACAGAUUUCAUCUGGGUGUUGGCAGUGCUUAUGUAUGAAACAGCAACACGCACAGCUUACUUCUUCAGGAUGCUUUAAAAGCUGGAUAGUUUACUGGCUUAUGAGAGUGUUCAGUGGCAUCAUAUUGCAUUCUGCAAGGCGUAAGCUGAUUUCCUGCAGCAGGCUAGAGUUAGAUGUCCCUCUGAGAGUGCUGGUGGCUGAGCUGCAGAAAGCAGCACGCCUUUUCUUGGAACCAUCAAUCAAUCACUUGUCAGCUCUGAGUGGGACACUUUCUCUGUGAGACAGACUCUUGGUUUAAUCUAGUAGGACAAGUGUUAAAUUCCUAUAUUUAUAGCUAAAGCAAUAAUUAAAAUGCUUGCAUUUCUGUGGGUUUGUGCUGCAUAGUAGAUACAUAUCACGGAAAACACAUGGUGCUGCUGACCUUCUCAUAAAGACAAGAAUGGAUAAAAAUUGUUCUUCCUCCCAAGAGGCUGCAUUUAUUUGUCAGACUCACAUCUGAGGGUAUGUGCUGGUGCCGUACGACGUGUUCUUCAGUGCUUUAUGCAUACUGGCCCAGACUCAUUUUGGUACAGAAGCACUGCAAAGCUUUUUGGAGGUGGUGGUUUUAAGGAAGCACAAGCACUCCUGUCGUCCUUGCUAAAGCACUGGACCGUGUCUGUGUUGUCUUUGUUGCCUGUGAGCCGGAGGCUCAGCUGAUGCUAGCAAUAUACUGUGCACGUGAGCUCUCUGCAGAGGCAUAGCUGCUUUCAGAAGCCACAGAAGGCUGAUGCUUCAGAUGGCAUUUUACGUAAUCAGUAUCUGACAUAGAUUUAAUUUUCUGGGACUUACUGGGUCUUUGGAACUGUAUCAAAAUGGUGAUUUGUUUCCUGAAGUGAUGCUCUCAGAAAGGGGCGUUGUUUUCCUCCAGAACUCUGAAGGGGGGGAAGGGGGGGUGAGCGUGUGCAUGUGCAGGUGUACUCAUGUCUGUUUUGGAGAGUUAUCAGGUGUGAAGUAUCUACUAGGAUCAUACUGGCCUUUCCUGAGAGGAGUUGGUAAAAGCUUGGGUCUUUGGCAGAGCCCUGAAGAUGGUGCUGUGGUCUCAGCUUAGCUGUGUCUGUGCAGAGAACUGUCCUGCCACAGGCUUCCUGCUGUGAGGGGAGCACGGCAAGGUACAGUCACCCAGUGAGAGAACUUGGGUCAAUAGAGGGCUUCAGUGUAGAUGCAGCUGCAAGAACAACAAGUCCCUUGUUUGUAAUCUAAUGAAAGUCUGGCACUGCCAUUACAACAUCCAGGAAUGCCUUCAUCUAGAAAAGCAGGUUUGCUAGUAUCCGUGUACCGCCAUCCUUUUCCUUGCUGCUGUUAGGAAGUUUCACAGCCGUGAUUCUUUCAGGAUAGGGGCAAUAGAAAACACGGAAAUCAGGAAUACUUUAUUGUCCUAUGAUGUGGGCCGUGGAAUCCAAAAAGCAGACACAUAGGACACACACGCACAACUUAGUACAGCGACUAAAUGGCAAGCAAAUGGACUGCUUGAAGCACAGGGUAUGAUUGCCUAAGAGGAGGGACUCUGCUGAGGAUACCCCACAGGGAAUCUGUUGGGUAUCUCUGUCAUCUCAGCCUCUUCCCUGAUAUGGAACAAAGUGAAGGUGAACAGGAAUCCCAGCCAGAGAGUCACGUGGAUAGCAAGAGCAGCGUGAAAUCCUUGCCUGGGGGACUGGCCCAUGUCAAACUAGAGAUAAAAAAACAUGCAGUUACGGAUGACUACAAACUCUCCAAACGGGUGCUAGGGUUAGGAAUCAAUGGCAAAGUACUGGAGUGUUUCAACAAGGAGACAGGCCAGAAAUGUGCUUUGAAGCUCCUGUAUGACAAUGCAAAAGCCCGUCAGGAAGUAGAAUAUCAUUGGCGAGCAUCAGGGUGUCCCCACAUUGUCCAUGUCCUGGAUGUUUAUGAGAAUAUACAUCAUGGAAAGAGAUGCCUCCUCAUUGUGAUGGAAUGCAUGGAGGGAGGAGAGCUGUUUAGCAGGAUCCAGGAGAGAGGAGAUCAAGCUUUCACUGAAAGAGAGGCCUCUGAGAUAAUGAGAGACAUCGGAACAGCCAUCCAGUACCUGCAUUCAAUGAACAUUGCCCAUAGAGACGUCAAGCCUGAAAACUUGCUUUACACGUCUAAAGAGAAGGAUACUGUACUCAAACUCACAGACUUCGGUUUUGCCAAAGAAACCACUGUACAAAAUCCACUGCAGACUCCCUGUUACACACCUUAUUAUGUGGCCCCAGAAGUCCUUGGUCCUGAAAAGUAUGACAAAUCAUGUGACAUGUGGUCGUUGGGUGUCAUUACAUAUAUUCUCCUAUGUGGGUUCCCUCCAUUCUACUCAAACACUGGUCAAGCCAUUUCUCCAGGGAUGAAGAGAAGAAUUCGGAUGGGGCAAUAUGGGUUUCCCAAUCCAGAGUGGGCUGAAGUAUCAGAGGAAGCCAAACAACUGAUUCGCCAUUUACUGAAGACUGACCCAACAGAGAGGAUGACAGUUUCUCAAUUUAUGAAUCACCCUUGGAUUAACAGAUCAAUGGCAGUGCCACCAACUCCUCUUCAUACUGCACGUGUCCUUCAAGAGGAUAAAGACCACUGGGAUGAAGUUAAAGAGGAGAUGACCAGUGCUUUGGCUACCAUGAGGGUGGACUAUGAUCAGGUGAAAAUCAAAGACUUGAAAACAUCCAACAACCGCCUCCUGAACAAACGUCGUAAGAAGCAGAAGCAGGCAGGCACCUCUUCUGCAGCCCCAGGGUGCAAUAACCAAUGAGAAAAGAAGCCAAGGACCUGUGGGUGGAGGGUAAAAGUUAAAAGGAACAAUUCAAAAUCAAUAUGAUCAACUCACUCCAUACCACAAAGGCAAUGAGACAGUGAAGAAGCUAUCCUGUAAAGAGGGAGCCAUGUGAAAGAUUACAUUUUUAUAACUUGAAUCAGGGCUUUGCUUUUAAAAGCUAAUGUAUAUGACAUGAUUCUGUUGCAUAUUGCUAGGGAAGGUACAGUAAUACCAGAAAUGUUAUGGGUUUUUGUUUUGCCUUUAACUGUAUCAGAAGAGAGGAGGCAGUCUCAGCAUGCUAAUGCACUGAGGCUUUAACAGCCAUCUAAAAGAGUAACUUCUGCUACCAUUUUAAACUUGGGAAUAGAAAGAAUGCCAAGUGUUCUGCUAGGAGUGUUUUACUAGUUUGAACGUGAGUACUGAGAAAGGAGAAAUAUGUCAUUGCUCUUUAUACGAGUAGCACAGGUACAGUUCUAUUAUGGAUGCAUCUGGACAGCACUUCAUGUUAGAAUUGUCAGUAUUUCCAAACUUACCUCCUAUAGUUACAGAAUAUUACCUAAAUAGUAAACAGUUAUUCCUACUACAGGAAAAAGCAUCUAUACAUUUCCAUUCUCAUAAAAGCCUUCAUGUAGUCUCAUGUGAAGAUUUGGGUUUGUCAUGGAUUCUCAUUUGAUAGCAUGUAAGUUUUCUAAACAGUAACCAUGAUGACACAUCUAUGCAACUGUCAGAUCUCUCUCUUGUAAUGUUUUUCAUUUAAAUGGCACUUUAUAUGAAGCGUUUUAAUAAGGAUUUAAUUACUUGAAAGUGUCCUGCGGAGAAUAUUGCUGUUCUUGGAUCCACAACCUCUAGGGCAUGCAACUGGACAUGCAGUUGUAUACAAGAGACUGCUCUAGGAGACAGACUUCUGAAAUUAAGGAAUAAGUGGCAAAUACAUGCUUUCUGAAUGGACCCAGGUGUCUGCCAACAUCCCUUCUGUUAAUUAUCUCCAGGUCCUAUGCCUAAGAUGUGCUGACAGCAAAUUUUGGGGUCCUGGGUUUAGCUUGUUUACUGGGGUCAGGGACAGGGAGGAUGCUACUUUAUUUGCAGUGUUUUGACAGUGUUUCUGGAUCCAAAGAUUUUCACCACCUAAGGGAGACCACCUAUAAGUAUAUCCACCCAUUGUUUUUUUCCUAUUCUAAUUCUUAUUUAAUGGGUUCCUAGCUUUGGUUUGCUAAUGUGUUUUACUUUGUGAUCAAGAUAUUUCCUCUCACUGUAUUUUGGGUUGGUUUGGUUUUUUUUUCUAGUUGAGGUGAAGCAAAUAUUUGUGAAAGUAUUAUCAAGAGUCUAGGAUGAAAAUUAUGUGCUUCCAGUAAGGCAGGCAAACACUGCUUUGUGGUAGGCACACAGAGUACUGGUGUGUUAAUAGGCUUGGAAGAAUGUUAAAAAGCAAGAAGGAAAACAAGGCUCCAGAGAGGAUCUGAAUCGUCAAAUCUGACUGCCGUGUAGGUAUUGUUACCUCCAACAAAGAUCAGCUCAAGGCUUUGGGCCUUGUCUGGGGAGCCCUAUUCCGUCUUCAAAGUGUUGGAUGAGACCUCCGUUCUUCUUUGUGAACUGGUCCUAGGGUUUUAUAAAGUGAUUUUAAUAAAUCGCAUUACAACGUUC